UGUGGCUGGUUGCUGGGAGACGAAUUUAAUCCAUGUUGCUGAGUCGAAUGGCAGAAUGUAUAUAAAAUAGCGCUAAUCCCCCUCAGAAAUUUAGCUAAAUUUAGCCUUAUAAGUAAGAUAAUACGAUAUUACUGACAGUUUUUAUCCAAUGCAAUAAUGAAAUUGAGGGCCAAAUGCCUGCUUGUUGGUGAUGCCGCUGUGGGAAAAAGCUCUCUCAUCUGCAGUGAUGGAACUCUGAAGAACUAUAGUAUGACAACAGGAGUGGAGCUGGUGGUGAAGUGUAUCAACAUCCCAGAAACUCCACACAGCGUGGAGUUCUACAUCUUUGACUCUGCAGGGAAGGAGGCCCUCGUGGAUGCCUGUGAAAAACUGUGGGGUGAACCUUCCCUGUUUUGCCUCGUUUUUGAUUUGACCAAUGAGCAGUCAUUUGUCAACUGCGGCCGUUGGUUGGAAAGAAUCCGCCGACACUGCAGAGGUUUUCGUGUUCCAGGUGUCCUGUUAGGCAACAAGUCAGAUCUGUCCGGUAGGAGGGAAGUACAGGCAUCUGUUGCCAAGGAAUGGGCCCAGAGCCAGGGCCUGGAGUACCAUGAGACAUCAGCUAAGGAAAUGGACAGCUCUGACGCACCACUCCUCAGUUUAGCUCGAGCCUACUACUCCCUCUACCAGGAGGACUGCGUGGCAGCCAAAAACCUGACUUUGGGAUAGACCUUUUUCCAGUCAAACAUGAACAUAACGUAGGAUUUUUUUAUGUUUGUUGUGGAACCUAUAAUUAAUGAAAUAUAAGAACCUACAAUGCAACGAAAAACAAAAAUGAUCACUGUCUGAUAAGCAGCUCUAAACAUGUUUUUUUUUUAUCUCUUAAUUUGUUUGAUAUAAAUGUAUGAAUGGGUUUAUGUACUGAGGCCUCACAGAGAAAAAAAACCCUGGUUCAAAUAAAUCCCAGCAGAGGUCUUUCAAAGUGGAGUUUACUUGUUCUCCCCGUGCGUGUGUAGGUUGUUUUCAUACACUGAGGUUGGCUGGUAACACAAUUUUCCCUUAAAGGGCCUGUAUCAUGGAAAAUCGACAUUUUGAGUGUAUUGUAAAGCGCUAUUUUGAUGCAUUCACGCACAAUCCUCUAAAACCCUGCUCUCUGAGCACCAGCCCCUCCCAAUCCACAAAAGCUAGUGGGUUCUCAAAUGCUGACGUAGAUAAGUAAGGAACACCCUCUUCCAGGAGGAGUCUGUGCCGCAAGUGGCGCCCCCAGGCUAACGCACACACCAGCUGUCUCUGCGGCGCUAGCGGGGAUCGGGUAAACGCUUUCCUUUAAUAUACACAUCCAUCUUUGCGAAAGUUCCGAUGUUUGUUUUUGUGAGCGAAACACAGACACGCAGCUGAAGGCGGCUUUAGGGUGACGUCAUGAAAUGGGCGGCACCCACAAGGAGCAAAAGGAGGUGCCUCAGAGAUGGAGUCGUCUUACAUCUAGGUAGGAAGUGAGCUUGCAAAAA